AUGGCUUUCAACUUAAAAUCACAAGCGGCCCAGAACGAGGAGGAAGUGGAGAUGAUGGCGGAGGCCGAACUUUCGAGGUUAAAGAGGCAAUAUCGAAUAAUGGAAAACGACAGAAUUACUUAUGCCGAGGACGCCCGUUUGCAAUUGCGAAAUCAACAAAAUAUGAUCGACCGCCUCGAAUUCGAAAAAGCGGAACUUAUUUUGGCCAUAAAAACAGCAAAGUCUGACAAAAACACAAAGAAAGAUGAAGAAAUGGACGAGACGCUAAAAUGCUUGUUGAAAAAGAGAAUGAAGUAUAUAGAAAUGAUCGACACGGAAAGGCAACAGAUUUCUGAAUUAGAUGAACAAAUUGUUAAGGUUUCUAAUGAGGUAUAUCGUCUCAAAUCAAAAGUCAUGACCGAUUCACAAUCAAAGGAAGCGAAUCUAAGGCAUAGCAGAUUGGUUUUCAUUCUGGAGAACCGCGUUGAGGUAGCAACAAAGAGGUUCAAUAGUGUAGUAGCUGAUAAUGCUAAACUGCGACAAGAAAUUGACAGUUUAAUAAAAGAGCGAGGACAGUUUAAUAUUCUGUGGCUAAGGUUAAUUGGUCAACUUAACACCGGCAAGCAAGUUAUCAACGACCUGAUUGAACAGUCAACAAUCACCUUUAACCAAAGAGAUGAAGAGCUCAACAAAAUACACGCAUUACGAGAAAGGGGUGCCAGAGAUCUUAAGAGUCAUGUAUCGGAAAUGUGUGAAUUACAACGAACAUUGGACAACGAAUUGAAACUGCAAGAUUUCCUUGGGGUUAAGGGUCAAUAUCGAGUAAUGGCUGACCUAAAUGUAAAGAAGGAUGCGGAAAAACAAGCGAAGCGGGAAGAAAUGCAGAAUAAAGUAGCAAUCUAUACCCAGAUUUUAACACUCAUCAGACAGUUCACAGGCGAAGAAGAAAUUGACAAACUAACGGCGCAUUUUGUGAAACAAGAAGAGGAAAACUUUGCACUUUUUAGUUAUGUAAAUGAACUGAAUGAUGAGCUAGAAAGCCUUCAAUCUCGAGUUGGACAAUUAAAAUGGGCCAUCGACGAAGCGCGUGCUUUAAAUAUUCAUCGUGGACAGCAUCAAGCAGAAACAUUGGAAAGGAUAGGGAAACAACUUCAGGAGCAAACUGAACUUGCAACUGUUGCUGAGCAACAUCUUAAUGAGUGCAACGACGUCAUUGAAAAGCUUCUUCGUGGUAUCGAUACAUUCUUCCGAAACAUACGUUGCGACAAUUCGCCCAUCCUGGACCUCCUAGGUGACAAUUCUCGCGUCACCAUAAACAAUGUGAUGCUUUACCUGGGGAUCAUUGAGAAGAGAAUCACGGAUAUGUUUAACAAGGUCCAUUGGGUAGAUAAAACGUCCAAAAAAGAAACCCGAUUAGAUGAAAGCAAAAAACCCACAUUAAAAAUUCCUGUCCUAUCCCAAGUUGCUCCUACUCAACCCUGUGCACUGUGCGUGGAGAAAGAAGAAAUGCAAAAUGUCUCUGAAGGUCUGGAUGCCCCACUUACUCGUGCUGAAGCGACGGAGAAACUCAAAAUAAGAUUAGAAGAUGAUUAUUCAGAAUUGUUGCAUAAUGUUUCUGGUUGUCAUCUUCCAGCCGCCCGAAAAAUUAUGCAAAAACGCUAUCAGUAAUACAAAAGAU